UGUGCAGUAAGAGAUAACCUGGCAAGUGGUAGUGGCGCUUCGCGGGUGCUGUGCUUCACGUUUUGGUACUAAAGGCCGAGACGGUUCUGGCGACGGCGACCUCUACGGCAACGGCUUAAGCUCUCGGAGGAGUGGCAGAGCACGAUCUGAAGGAGGGGCUUCUGGUCAGCCCAGGCUCCAUCAUAAUGAAUGGAUCCAAUAUGGCAAAUACAUCACCCAGUGUAAAAUCCAAAGAGGACCAGGGGUUAAGUGGGCACGAUGAAAAGGAAAACCCAUUUGCAGAGUACAUGUGGAUGGAGAAUGAAGAGGAUUUCAACAGACAGGUGGAGGAGGAACUGCAGGAGCAAGACUUCUUGGACCGCUGCUUCCAAGAGAUGCUGGAUGAAGAAGACCAAGACUGGUUUAUUCCAUCACGAGACCUGCCUCAGGCCAUGGGACAGUUGCAACAGCAAUUAAAUGGACUGUCAGUCAGCGAAGGUCAUGAUUCUGAAGAUAUUUUGAGCAAAAGUAACCUGAACCCAGAUGCCAAGGAGUUUAUUCCAGGAGAGAAGUACUGAGCCGAGAAAGCUUUGGGGAGGACUUGUCUGUCCCCACAUCUGGGGAUAGUAAUGCACAAAAUGGUGGAGCUGAAGAGGGGGAUGGGGCGGGCGACGGGUGCACAGCGGGAAGGGGAGUGGUGGUCUCACGAUACUGUGACUCUGAGUAACUAAUAUGCUCAGUCUUAUUCUAAGCCUCUGAGUAUUUCUAUUCUGUUCUGCUGACUUUUGUUUGGAACAGUUUCCUGUUUUGUUUUUUUAAAUAGCUCUUUCGAGUUAAGGAAAUUGCAUUUUCCCCCCUUCAUCAGAAGUGUUCUGUGGUGUGUAUUUAAACAAAAUAAGCUGACCAAGAAAAACUGGAUAUUUAGGAAAUGCCCCUCUCACCCUGCUGUAUAUUUAUCAGGGACAGUGAGCACCUGGAGAGCUUUUUGUGGAAUCUAUUGAGUUGGAUGGGAAAAGGGACAAGCAGAAAGAGCAGGUGGUGCAAACUGGAAUUUGAGGCUCAGCUCCCCCACCCCUGGGGUCUCCUUCAAUGACCUGGAAUAACAAAUGUCCUGUCGAGCCCUUGCCUGUUUGUCCUUAACCCCAUUCAAGAAAACACAGACUUAAAGUACUUAGUUUACAGUAACUUUUGAUGAUUGCUGAAAGUUGUAAAUCAGAAGGUAGGGCUGUGAUGGUGGUUGUCACUUGAGUCAUUUAGUUACUGUUGUCCUGUUCAUAAGCCUGUGUUCACCACCACCAUCAGACUCACCAUUUAUAAGCAGAAGAGCACUAGGGUUGAUCUGCCACCUCAUCUUUCAUGAAGUCUAUUCCCUGGCCUCCUUUUUAAGAAAAGAUAUUGCUACCAAAGGCAUAGGGGAGGCCUGCUGUGCUGGCAAUUAGCAUGAGCCUGCAGAAGUCAUCCUUGAAUCUGUUGUGUCUUAAUUUUAUUUGGACAGUUUUUUUUUUUCCAGCCUCAUCAACACUUGGUCUUUCUGGUGUCUUAAAUCCCUCAGACAAGUUUAUGCACUUUUUUAAGGAAAUAGUUUUCAGGACACUAGUAAGAAGCUCAGUUCACAGUUUGGAUAUUUCUCCCCACGUUACAGAAUUAUGGAAAGGAACUCAAAACCAGCCUAGGAAAGUGAGUCCUGCUUGACCCAUGUGACUGUGUACCUGACCCUCUGGGAUCUUUUCAGCUAUUAAAACAUUUUACUGUUCCCACAUACCCAGCUUUGCAAGUUUCGUAGAUUGACCUCUUAGGGUGUGUUUCUUUGUCUUUCCUGCCUUUAACUUGCUGGGAUCUUUUGUUGCUACCCCUAAGGAACUAAACUGGGUGCCAGGAGCUGCCUUUGUGUAUAGAGAUGUAGAUGGCAGUGUGGUGUAUAGGAGAGCCAUCCAGGCCAUUUUCCCAGGGAUGAGGACUUGGAGAGCCCUGAAGAUAAUAGUGGCUUCUUUCUGAUUGCUACUGUUUUGUGUGAUAGGCCUAAUAGGGAGAAGAUAUGUAACUUGAAUUAAAGUUGGAUAAAUUCAGUAUGUGGAUGUGGGACAGAGGUUGGAAGGAAAGGACUAGGGUAUGGAAAGCUGAAGAAAUUCUCCUUAUGAGCUCUCGUUACUUUUUGAACAGUGACAAGCUAAUGCCAGAUUUAAAACACACAUUUUUUCCUAUUUGAAGCUGUAGGAUUAUAUCAUUUGAAAAAAUUGCCUUCCUUGUUAGGUCACAUGUCAUAGGAGAGUAGCUUAGAGACCUUGCAUUACCAGACAGACACAUUAAUUCCCAAAGCCUCUAUGUGGAGAGAAUGAAACUGUUAACUCUUUUUCAGGGAGGACUAUGAAUAAAGAAACUUCUUUAUUCAAGCUUCAGCUUUCAGCUGGGUUGUUCCCUCUAAAAAGGAAAGGGCAUUGCAAGUGCAUAGAGGAAAUCUUUCCCUUCUGGGACUGCUUUUCCUCCUUCAUCCUCCAUGAGCCUGUCCAAGCUCAGAAAUCUGAAGGCUGUUAGAAAUGUGUUGGGAUUGCAGAGAGAAAGGAGCUUGUCUUUCCUUCUGCUGUGCUGGUCUUGUUUUGGAUGUCAGUCUUCAGCCUGGUUUCCCAAGGUAUAUUUGGUCAGGACUAUGAAAACUUCCUGCCAGUUUAGCAUGGACACUGAGGGCUGGCAUUUCUAGUCCUCUUCAGACACUGAACAUGCUGACUCCAGGUAUAGGAAGCAGCUAGCAAAUGGAUUCUUUUUUAAAUGCAUAGGACUCUGCUUCCAGCAGUUCCUCUUGUAGUCCAACUCUUUUUGCCAUCUAUUUAUGUUGGGAGGUGGGGGCACAAUUGUCACUCACAACGCAGGCUAGUUAGAGUUUGCUACCUUCUUAGCAGAAAAUGCAUGUGUGUCUUGUUGGACCUUCACUGGGGAAAGGCUGGGAGCCUCUAGCUGUCAGUGACUUUUCUCACAGGAGAAGAACCAGCAAGCCAGACUGGACACCUUUACCCUUUAAUGGUGAGACUUGCAUUUAUAAGGGGUAAUUUUGAUGUUGAAUUUAAGCCACUACUUUGUUUAAACUUUUUUAAAUUGGCAGCUAGAAGUUUGAGAAUUUGUAUAGAAAUGGAACAUGUAUUUUUAACAGUUGCCAAUCUGGCUGGUCCCAAUGUUAGUUUAUUAGUGAUUGAUCUGUAAUUAUUGGGAUUAUUUAUUCAACUCUAAAAUUCCAAGAUGAAAAUAAUUUACCUCUUUCUUUUCAAGGGAAAAAAACCCAAAUGAAUGCACUUUCAGUUUCUCCAGGCUUUGAACUGCAGCAGAAAAUUCAAGGAUGCAGCCUAGGCCUGGGCAAAUGCAGCCCUGGGUCUUUGGGCCAGUUUCUGACAAUAAUAGUUGAGUUUUGGGAAUCACAUAAGGGUGAAACCA